CGCAUGCGCUCCGCCUGGCCGUGCCAUAUUGGAAUGAGGCGGCGAGCGGAGCGCCGGAGAGCCCGAGCCCCGGCAGCCAGCGGCGCAGGGCUGGAAAAACUCGCCGCAGUGUUCUUGCUUGAACUUCCUGGAUGUCUGUAGAAGCAAAGGUGGGAAACAGCACAUGAGCACCAAACAGUGACAGGGUUGGCUCCCAAGACUUCCUGCUACUGCGCAUUACUGCUGGAUUGCUGUGGAAAUGAAUGGAGAACAGCAGCAUGAUGCAGAUGCGGGGUCUGGAGUGGAAGAAGCAGAAUUCAAUUGGGAUGAGUAUCUAGAAGACACUGGAGCAACUGCAGCCCCGCAUGGAUCUUUUAAACAUGUGGACACUAGUUUGCAGAAUGGCUUUGCCCCUGGUAUGAAGCUAGAGGUUGCUGUCAAGUCUGACCACAACACCUACUGGGUAGCCACCAUCAUCACUACUUGUGGGCAGUUGCUCCUCUUACGCUAUGAUGGCUAUGGGGAAGACCGCAAGGCAGACUUUUGGUGCGACAUCUUGACAGCUGACUUACACCCAGUUGGUUGGUGUGAGCAGAACAAAAAGAUUCUCAAAGUGCCUGAAGGUAUCAAGGAUAAGAUAUCUGACCAGGAAGAAUUCCUUCGACAGACACUGACAGGAGCAUGCAGUGCUCCUGCUAACCUGCUAGAGGGUCUUCACAGAGGGAAGAAUCCCUUGGAUCUCAUUGCACCAGGCUCCAGACUGGAAUGUCAAAACUCCCAAGAUUCCUUGGAAGCCUGGAUUGUCAAGGUGGUGGAAAACAUUGGCGGGAGGCUCAAGUUGCGCUACGAAGGGUUGGUAGAUUCUGACCAGUCUGAUCAGUGGAUGUUUUACUUGGAUCCAUUUCUUCAUCAAAUGGGCUGGGCAACUCAACAGGGAUAUGACCUCCAACCUCCAGCAGCUAUCCGGUGCCUGAAAAGUGAGGCAGAAUGGCAGGACAUUUUGACAAAGGUGAAAGAGGAAGAAGAAGGGUCCUCAGUACCCACUGAUCUCUUUAAGGACAAGCCUGUGAUUGGAGUGCAUUCAUUCACUGCAAGCAUGAAGUUAGAGGCUGUGGAUCCAGUAGCACCUUUUGUCCUCUCUCCUGCUACAGUUGUUAAGGUGUUCAAUGAAAAAUAUUUCUUGGUAGAAAUUGAUGACUUGCGACCAGAAUGCAAAACCAGCCGGUCAUACGUUUGUCAUGUCAACAGUACUGGUAUCUUUCCUGUGCAGUGGAGUCUGAAAAAUGGUUUGCAUCUCAGCCCUCCACCAGGUUAUCCCGGGCAGGACUUUGAUUGGGCAGACUACCUCAAACAGUGCGGUGCUGAGGCUGCUCCCCAGAGCUGCUUUCCUUUGCUAACUUCCAACCAUGGAUUUAAAGAGAACAUGAAACUUGAGGCUGUGAACCCUGCUGAUCCAGGGGAAAUUUGCAUUGCCACAGUCACCAAGGUGAAAGAGUCCUACCUUUGGCUUCAAUUGGAGGGCUCCAAAAAGCCAGUUCCUGAAUGCAUAACGAGUGUGGAAUCGAUGAAUAUAUUUCCAGUGGGUUGGUGUGAGACCAGUGGAUUCCAGCUCAGACCUCCUCGCAGAGCAAUAGUGAACAAACAGAGGAAAAUUGCUGUGGUUCAACCAGAGAAACAAAUUUUGUCUUCAAGGACUGUCCAUGAGAGGCUGAAGAACCAGGAACUGAAUUCCACUGACUCAGUUGUAAUUAAUGGAAAGUACUGCUGUCCAAAAAUCUACUUCAACCACCGGUGCUUCUCAGGGCCUUACCUUAACAAAGGGAGAAUUGCAGAGCUGCCUCAGUCCGUGGGACCUGGGAACUGCGUUCUUGUCCUUAAAGAGGUUCUCACUUUAUUAAUCAACGCAGCCUACAAACCUAGCCGUGUCCUUCGAGAACUCCAGCUGGAUGAGGAUGCUGCCUGGCAUGGGCAUGGAGAGACCCUGAAAGCAAAGUACAAAGGGAAGAGUUACCGUGCCACUGUGGAGGUUGUGAGAACAGCAGAUCGGGUGGCAGAUUUCUGUAGAACAACCUGCAUCAAAUUGGAAUGCUGUCCAAAUCUCUUUGGCCCGCAGAUGGUGCUAGAUAAGUGUUCAGAGAACUGCUCUGUCCUGACAAAGACCAAAUACACACACUAUUAUGGGAAGAGGAAAAACAAAAGGAUUGGCCGACCACCAGGUGGCCACAGUAAUCUGGAAGCAGGCAUGAAGAAACCAAGCAAGAGGAGGAAGAGGCGAAAACACUUCUUUGUCCAUAAGAAAAAACGUUUGUCCACCUCAGUGGACAACUCUCCAGUUGGAUCUCUCCAGGGCAGUGGGGGAGAGGAAGAGGAUGACCAGGAUGACGUAGAUGAAGAAUCAAUGAGUGAGGACAGCACCUCAGAGCAGCAAGAUGAACUGCUUGAAGAGUCGGAAGUGUCGGAGAAGAAAUCGCGGUCCUCCUCUCCCACACAGAGUGAACUGUCCCACUGCCUGGCUCAGGAUCAAGACAAGCGGAAGAGGAAGCUCCGGACCUUUUCCUUCUCUGAUGAUGAAAAUAAACCCCCUUCACCAAAGGAAAUAAAGAAUGAAGUUGCCGAAAAGCUGCAGCUGGACAGUAAUCCUCUGGAAUGGAGCGUGGCUGAUGUCGUGCGGUUCCUCAAAUCCACAGACUGUGCCCCGUUAGCCAGAAUUUUCCUGGAUCAGGAAAUAGAUGGUCAGGCUCUUCUCCUGCUCACCCUCCCCACUGUUCAGGAGUGCAUGGACUUGAAACUUGGGCCAGCUAUUAAACUUUGCCACCACAUUGAAAGGGUCAAACUUGCUUUUUAUCAGCAGUUUGCUAACUGAGGAGUGGCCAAAUGGAAGUGGACCUUUGGAAGCACAACUGCAGCAACAUGCUCCUCCCUUUCUGGCAGCAAAAGCCAAAUGGGGUUAAAGUGAGGCUCCAGUUCUGGUGACCUACAAACAUCUGUUCAGCCACAGUUUUGCACUUUGAGGGAAGGAAGACAACAUCUGGAGCAAAAUGUCAAUGCAAACAUAGCAGCUACCCUACCAGCUGGCUGCUAGCUUGGGAACAUGAGUCUCUCACUCUGAUCAUGCCUUUUUUAAUUUUUAAAAAAUGGUUACAGAAACGUUUCCUAUAAGGAGACAGACGUUUCAAGAGUUCUGGUGGUGCAGAAUUAAAAAAGAUAAAGGAGAGACGGAUGCCAUGUAAGUGAGAAGGCAGCUACUGGAAAAUGUUUUUCCUAUUCCUAACCAAUCAAGAAGAACUCCAUUUCCUUUCUCCGAAAGAGAACAUUUGCUUUAAGACAGCACUAGCUUUGGGAUGUGCUCUUUACACAUCAGCGCUUUUUUUUUUUUUUUAAUUUAAAUUAGCUCAUUGUCAGGACAAUGAUGUGGCCACAGGGUUCUGAAUGUACAGUAUAGCAAGAGUGUUUCUUUUAUAUUCGUGUUUUGGGAUUUUUUUUUUUUUAAAACUACCUCUGCCGCCUGCACAGUAAAAGUGGUUACUGAGGAUGGGAGGGGGUUAAUUCUUUUGAGAAGUUCAUUGGUAGCUGUACAGGUUUGCGUGCGCUCUCGCUCCCCCCCCCCCCCCCCCCCGUGUGUGUGUGUUGGGGGUGGGAGAAAGGGAAAGGGCUCCGUUUUCUGCAUCCUGGCUGUCAGGUAGAAUUACUGGACCUAUCUUUUAAAAACAUGGCUUGAAUCUCUUUGUCCCUUUUCUACAUAUACAAAGUAGCUGGGAUCAUAGCAGAGCAUGUUAAAUGCUGCUCUUCUCCCUGCCCCCACUACGUGAAUCUCAGGUCCAUGUGUAAACUAGGAAAAUUCACCAUCAGUUCAGCUCCACCAGAGAAAGCAAGUGUGGGAGCUGCAGUGUGGACAUGACUCAGGUUUUUUUUACUCAGAGAAGGCCAUUUGGUAAAAGUGAUUGAAAACUAAGCCCUGCCUACACUGACUUCUUCCAGUGGAGCUGCGCUAGUGGUGACCUGCAUGUCAGACCUGAAUGGAAUCAGAUAGCCAUCAUAAGGAGCUCUGCACAGCUGUUCUCUUCAUAAGCUUUUAGUGGGCAACAGAGCCAACCUUACUGUCUAAUAUGCUGUGUGAAAUGGCAUCAAACCUCGGACCCACUUGAAAAUGAGCACUGAGUUCCAGAUUCCAUUCAUCAACCUCUGCCUGUAUUCAUAAAUGUCUGGGGGAACAUGAGCUGAGAUUUUACAUAUAGGUGGGAAAUCAGAAAGCAUGCCUCCCCUGUUUUUCCCUCCACUCAAACUCACUCCUGCAGAAAGCCCUGAGGCAGGUACUAGGAUACUUGAAGAAAGUAGAGGAUGCUGGUGCUUGCUAAGGGAAUUUGUUUGAGGAGGCAAUGCAGGAAAGAUAUGUUUAGUGGCUUCCAAGAUGUAUGGUAGCUAGAGACUGGCCAUAGAGGCAGUCUGAGCUCCAUGCAAGCCUACUGGGUUUAGUUCCUAGGAUGUUGUAUGAACCAAACUGUAGGGUUCAGUUGGGGAAUCCUUUAUAAACUGAAAACUGUAGGAUUCACCUUGUCCUAUGUCCAUUCCUGGCCUAUCCAAGACACUGAGGGGAAGUGAAUGCAGUGAAGCCUCUUUCACUGAGAGCAGCUCUGGAUAAGCAGAGUGUUUCUUUUGCUGCAAGUCUCUUAAAAUACUUCAGUCAAGGCAAAAAUAUUUAGAGAAGUGCUAAAUUCCAAAGAAUCCUCCUCCUCCACCCUAAAAUGAAAAUCUAAACGUAAGACAAACUAUUUACCCGUUCGUACCCUUGCGGGGGGGGGGAGGGGUUUGAGAAUGAGAUGCACACUCCUUUCUUUUGUUUUUCAAUCCAUAGCUAGCGAGGUUUAAAACAAAUUUGUAUUGAAAUCCUGUUCCAAGCCCCUCCCAAUAUGCAUCUAAUAAUGGAAAUUUUGGUCUGAUUUUUCCCUUGGGGAAAUGGAAUGACUUUUGGCAUUUUGCCUUGACAGACUUGACCAACAGGCCACAUCAGAGCUGGACGAUGAUGCAGAACAAAGUUUCCACGACCCUCUAUUUAAUUGAAGGAAAAGCUGACUCCAAGCUCUGAUGGCUCUGUAGCCAAGACUGCUGCAUUUCCCUCCUGAUAAAAAUGGGUGUGUUUAGGUAGAUGUCAGAAAAUAACAGAACUUAAACAUAAAGAGAUAUUUAACUAACUUUUUAUCACAAAGUCUAGGGUUUUGUUUUAAAGUAUCGAUUUCAUACUCCAUUUGUGAGCUGCUUCAGAGGCCAGUGAAGUAGCUACAGGUCACCUUGGGCAUGUUUUAUAGGCUGAUUUUUCUGCCUCACUUCGGAAGGCAUUGGCAGUCUGGUCCCAAUGGGAUCCACUUUUAUUUGAGUUUUCAAAAGGGAUGUUUUCCAUUGUUUGUGUAUAAUGUUUCUAUGCUGCACACGUGUUCUUGUACACUUCACUUCCUGGGGAAAAUGCACUCUGUCUUUAUUGCUAGAUUUAAAGGGGAUAUUUGGGGAUUGCCUAUGGAUGGUCUUUUUAUUUGAUACUGUUUUAAAAGAUCCUUUUCCAUCUACAAUACAAAGACGUAUUUUGGCUUGUAUCUGUUGAUCUUGCACUGACAUGACUUGAAAUAGGCUCACAUGCUACUGUAGUUCCUUUGUUUCUGCAGAAUUAGAUAGCUUUGAGUAGCUUGUUGGGUGAUCUUGUCAUUAGGCUAAUCAUAUCUUCAUCAGCAGGUAUUGCUGUGACCUCACCUGGCUUCAGGGAUUAUACUGUAUCCACUUGCCAUAAGCGUUGCAUGGGAGGUGGGGGGAAUUAAAGGCAAUGGCAUUUUGCAAGUCUCUAGGGAAUUAUCACUACAGGAAAAUGAGCUCCUUAUUAGGUACCACUUAUUGUAUAUACAGAGGUAAAGGAGGCUCUUCCAUGGCUGACUAGUGGAGGAGCACAGGAUUUACUUUUCCUGCCUCCCUCACUUCUUUUAAUAUUAUAAACUUGAGUGGCUGCAUUAUACAGUCUGAGUUUAGCACAUCAUAGCUUUAGAAAACUUAGGGUGCUACCCGCAUAGCAUUUACUUACAGGGCUACAUUUAGCCAUGUUGGGCAAGCAGAUUUCAUUACUGGGUAUUGAACUCCCUGCACUAGUAGAAAAUGAGCCCAUAACAGAGAGGUGCUUGGUCUCUAAAAAUGUGCAUAUAUAACGUCCCUUGGAUGGCAAGUUAACAUGACCCAGUUACUAUCCGGUUCAAGAGCAGCUUUUAGCCUACUCUCCCAAACAGGCAGAGAUGAAUGGAAAGAGACCCUUCCAAAAAGGGAAAGGUACAAGACUGAUCUAAAGCUACUUUCAAUUUUUUUCUAGAAUUUUUUAAAAAAUCAAGUCACUGCCUGAGGAACCAAGUAGAAAGCCAUUCACAUUUGAGGAUGGUACAGAAGUCCAAAGAGCUUGCCAGACCCUUAUGGAUUUGAUAAAGACAGCGUGUUUGGUGAGACUCAGGUGUAGUUUUUAGAUUCUGCCUAUCACAACACUAAGAGUUCUCUGUUGUGGUAACAGACUUUGGUGCUAGAUUUCUUAUUCCCAAUUCUAAUGAUAUAUAUAGAGAAGAGAGGACUGUUAAGUUCAAAGCAAUAUAAAUAUAUUUAUUACUUGCAGGACUUAGCACUCCAUUUUUCCACAUGAUGUACAAAGAUUUUAUACAUAACUAGCACGAGGCUUGAUUGGCUUAUGAGAUCUUGAUGGCAGCCAAAUAGGCUCAGCAAACCCAUCAAAUUCUGCAGUUUAAGAUUGGAUAGGAAAUGGAUGCCUUUGCAAAUCCAUCCCACUGUUGUGUUCAGGACAAAAGAGCAAGGCAAGUACGUUGGCAAGAAAAGUCACUGGAUUAGGUAACCUUAUCAUAAGCCAAAAAUAUGAUACCAUACAUAGCUUCUUCCGAACUAGCUGCUGUAGGACUGGUUACUGCCUACUGUGAGUUUUUAAUACAUUCACUAAGCACAAAGGCCCAGUCCUCACAGGUAUUUAGGCUCCUAACUUCCAUUGAAAUGAGUUGAAGUUAGGAGGCUAAAUACCUUUGAGGAUCUGGGCCAAUUGAACUGAGUGUGUCUGAAGACUUCUUAAAUGUUGGUUGAACACUCUUUCAAAUUAAUGAUGUUCUGAGCCACAUUUUAGUGUGUUGCCUAACUUUUCCCAAAUCAUACAAAUAGCCUUGUUUUUGAAGGCAGCCUUAUGGGUGAAAGGUUAGAGUGGGUCAUGGUUGGAUACACUAAUUAUGGUAUAAGCUUCAUUAUUGUAAUUUGCCUUUUUUUAAUAUCAUAUUUGAAAACUGACCAGCAAAAAUGGAGCAGAAGAUUGGUAGGACUUCAGUGUCUCCAUGCUGGAUUCUAGCUCACCAUAAAUUGGAUCUGUCAAUGUGCUGCAGCAUAUCACGCACGGCAGAUGAAAUUGUUUGAUCAGAAGACAAACGUGCUCUGUUUAGUCUGACAAACUUCAGAAGCAGAGGAUCUAAGUGACUUAGCACAAUCAAGCUGACACCUGUGAUUGGCUCUGCUGUCCCAUGAGUACCUGUGAAAGUCUCCAGCAUUGCGUGAGGAAUCAGAUCUGGCUUUAGUGGUGAGGCUGAAGCUCUUGGUCAAGCAGAGUGAAUGCAUAGCUGAGUUUGUGAAGUCCAGGCAAAAAUGAAUACCUGCCUCUUCCAGAAGUCAUCUAGCUCCAGUUUCCAAGAAGCCUCGUGAGAAGAUACUUCCUGUGUUUCUCUUAAGGUCUCACGUUUCUCCUCCCUGUUCUUUUGUUUGUUUUUUUACUUGUGUUAAAGCCUUUGUAGACAAUCAGAGGUCUGCUGGGAGGUUCCAUCGUGGCUAGUAUCACCGUGCAUAGGCCUCUUUCUUAUACUAAAUCAUUGGAAUUGAUGCACUUUUCCUGUGUUUUGCCUUUUUAAAUUUGCUGCUUGUUCUUCAACCAAUCAACCAACAAAACCCAAUUUAAAUGCAUAUUGUGUUUGUGUCCUUCCUGCUUGCUUUUUUUCUUGUUUUUUAUAUAAUAUAUGCAUUGAGAGUGAAAUAUGAAAUGGAGAAGAAAUAUGCACAAGAAAAUAUGCCUAUCAAGUCCCAUCAUUUUUGAUAGGUAUAGCAAUUUAAUCAAAAGGUUUUUAAAAAUAUUUUGGAUGAAUAUUUUGCUUCUUUCUCUGUAAAUAAGAGUGUAUAUAAGUUUGUGGUAUAUUAUGACAGUUUUAAGUGGUUGCAAGAAAAUUAAAAAACAAAACAAGAAACAGC